AUGGCCGGGGCUCACGACCUUGUCCGGCCCUGUGAAACCUCUACUUGCUCUCUUUUGUAGGUUUUCUCCAAAAUCUUCAGCCACGAGGCACUGGAGAGCUAUCUCCCUAAGAUCCAGCUGGUGAUCAAAGACACUCUUCGGGCCUGGAGCAGCAAUCCCGAGUCCAUCAACGUCUACCACGAGACCCAGAAGCUCACCUUCCGCAUGGCCAUCCGUGUCCUGCUGGGCUUCCGCAUCCCCGAUGAGGAACUCAACCGCCUCUUCGAGGUCUACCAGCAGUUUGUGGAGAAUGUCUUCUCCUUGCCCGUGGAUCUGCCCUUCAGCGGCUACAGGAGGGGCAUCCGGGCACGCGAGACGCUGCAGAAGGGGCUGGAGAAAGCCAUCCAGGAGAAACUGCAGAACACGCAGGGCAAGGACUACGCCGACGCACUGGACAUCCUGAUAGAGAGCGGCAAAGAGCAUGGCAAGGAGCUAACCAUGCAGGAGCUGAAGGAUGGCACCCUGGAGCUCAUCUUCGCCGCCUACGCCACCACCGCCAGCGCCAGCACCUCUCUGAUCACGCAGCUCCUCAAACACCCCCGGGUCCUGGAGAAGCUGCGGGAGGAGCUGCGCAGCAAGGGCAUCCUCCACAACGGCUGCAUCUGCGAGGGUUCCCUCCGCCUCGACAACAUCAACAGCCUCCACUACCUGGACUGUGUCAUCAAGGAGGUCCUUCGCCUCUUCACCCCCAUCUCCGGGGGGUACCGGACGGUGCUGCAAACCUUCGAGCUGGAUGGUUUCCAAAUCCCCAAAGGCUGGAGCGUGAUGUACAGUAUCCGGGACACCCACGACACCGCCCCCGUCUUCAAGGACGUGGACAUCUUCGACCCCGACCGCUUUGGGCAGGGUCGAAGCGAAGACAAGGACGGCAGGUUCCACUACCUCCCCUUCGGAGGAGGCGUACGGACCUGUCUGGGCAAGCACCUGGCCAAGCUCUUCCUCAAGGCGCUGGCCAUCGAGUUGGCCAGCACCAGCCGCUUCGAGCUCUCCACCAGGACUUUCCCCAAAAUCACCCUGGUGCCCGUGGUCCAUCCGGUCGACGGACUCAAGGUCAAAUUUUUCGGACUGGAUUCCAACCAGAACGAGAUCCUGACGGGGACAGAUGCCAUGCUAGGGGCAACAGUGUAAAGCCCACGCC